AUGGCCAAAGCUUUUCACAUAAUCAUCAUUCUGUUCCUCACAUCAUUCAAUCUCCUCGCAGUCAUCAACUCUUCUAGACUUCUUGACGAGAUCCAACCUCAGCCUCAGUUAAUCCCUACAGGCCAAAUCCCCAUGGUGGCUCCAACCGAAGCUGAGGAGGAUGAUGGAUCCGAUGACAAUUCAGGACCCGCACCCACAACCACAAAUACUCCAUCAGCAAUUACAGUCCCAGCCGGUCCAGCAGGUGCUACAGCGGGUGAACACGAGCCAUUACUAGAGUUCUUUAUGCAUGACGUGCUAGGCGGGUCUCACCCAUCGGCUCGUGUGGUUACCGGAAUAGUAGCUCAAACCGAAGUGAAUGGAAUACCAUUCUCUAAGGCCAGCAACAGCAUUUUCCCGGUUGACAAUGGAGUUCCACUGGUCAACUCNACAUAG